CCAGAGGCGCCCGCUGUGUCCGCCAUCCCCCAAAUCCGUUUGUUUCCCACGGCGCAAGAAAGAAAUAAACAAGACAGGAUCAACUCGAGGGCUCCUCUCCCAUUCCGAUCGCCAAUUCGCCAUCCACACCGCCUGCGACUGCGAGGCUGCGACCCUUCUUCCCCCUCUGCACCACUGUCACGGCGUCACGCGCGUGCGCUCUCCUUCUCCCACGAGUUCGUCAGCCUGCUAAGUGUUAAGAUGGCUUCAAGCACUAGUCAGACAGAAGCUCCAGCCCCAUCUGUCCCCAAAAAUCCUGCAAUGGCAUCAUGCCGGAAGAAGAAAACAGAUGAUGCUACCUUCCUUGAAGAUCUGAAAGACCACAUCGAUGAGUUCAUUCAUGCCUCCAUGGAUGAGCACAAGACCUGCUUUACGAAGACGAUCCAAAAGAUGUUUGGGAUGUCAAAGGCUGUUGCAGAGAGAUCUGCGGCAGAAGCAAAGGAAGCUGAAGUUGAAAGUGCUUUGCCACUUCAGACCAGCGUCUCUCAGUAGAAUUUCAUGUUGGUAGUUUCUUGCUCGAUGCCAAACUUUUAUACAAGGGUUUUGUUGCUCUGUGUUGUCUGAAACGCAUAAGCUUGUCAGUAGCAUGUUUUCGUAAUUGGAUUGUAGUGCUUGAUUCUCUACAGUUUUUUGUCUGUGUGUAUCAUAGACCAAUGUAACAGCUUAGCUUGCUUCAUUCUCCGAAAUCUUGUAUGGCUGUACUGUACACCCAGGUAUUUGGGCAUCCUGAACCCAACUGAUUGUGUGGUUUCUGAUUUGACUGAUUGGCUAAAUGAAAGAGAUCUCGUUGCAAA